AUGCCGAAAAGGCCAAGGAACUCAGUAAAACAAGAAGACUGUCAGUUUGAGGUUGAAACAGUUAAUGUGCUAAAGCCCGAAUGUCCAACUGAGGCAGGAGAAAAAAACCCCGAAUGUCCGACUGAGGCAAAAGAAAAGAACCCCGAAUGUCCUACUGAGGCAGAAGAAAAGAACCAAGUGGAAAAGUCUGUGGAAGAUACAAGAAUUAUUGUGAAAAAGCGCAAAUGUCCAACUGAGGCAGAAGAGGAAAUCCCCGAAUGUCCAUCUGAGGCCGAAAAAGAAAACCACGAAUGUCCAACUGAGGCAGAAGAAAAAAGCCAAGUGGAAAAGUCUGUGGGAGAUACAAGAAAAAGAGUCCAUUGUCGACAGUGUGACAAAGAUUUUGCAAAGAAAAGUCAUCUGAAGGAACACAUUCGUGUUAAACAUGAAGGUAAAGCCUACGAAUGCGUAACCUGCCAUAAGAAAUUGCAAACACAUAAAGGACUUCAAAUACAUCGAAAACUUCAUGAAGAUAUCGGAAUGAAAUGUGAAGAAUGUGAUGAACGGUUCACAUAUAAGUCAGACUUGGAUAGACAUUACAGAGCACUUCAUACAAGUUUAGAGUAUAACUGUGACCACUGUGAACAGACAUUUAGUUGGAAGGCGACUUUAAAUGAACACAUACGCUCUGCACACAAAGGUGUAUAUUUCAAGUGUGAUGAGUGUGAACUGUCGUUUGUUCGAAAGUGGAAUUUAGUAAAACACAAGAGAGAAGUACAUGAUGGUGAAAAAUUCAAUUGUCCCCAGUGCGAUAAAACAUACUCCACUAAAAAUUUCCUUAAGCAACAUGUACAGGUGCAUCAUAAAGAUAAAGAAUGAUCUCUUCGAAGAAGUAAUCAAAGCAGACAGCUGAAUGAACAGCAGUCAUUUUUAUUCUAAUACAGAUGAAGUGCUUUUACCUGUUAGAUGGGAUUAUUUUUAUUUUACUAUUAUUAUUGCUGUGUCCCACCCUCCCUUCCAACGGUACCCACCACCGACACCCACUCAAGAAUCAAUUCAAAGUUAUUUACAGGAUAAAACUUACUCUCACUAUCACUAACUGUGUACAUAUCCAGAUUUCCUAAACGUAUGUGAUGUUUAACUACAAAAGUUCUACAAAUAUAUUUGCUUAUAUUUUAUACUUUUAUAUUCAAUGG